GUCCCGUGGACGCGCACCCUGGCCAGUGGGUGCUCAUUGCACCAGAGGCUGCUACUGACCCCCCUAAGACACCUGACAGCGAACCUUUGUUUACAAAACUGCGCAAUCCAAGCACAGGGGAAGCAACUCUCUACUUAUUCAAUAGUGGUGCACAGCAGCUGUUUGAAGUAAAAGCUUUUCAUGAGGAAUAUCGUUCCUGGUUUAUAGAUGGGCGCCUGCUGUUUGUUACACCAAUGGACCCCUUAUUUCUGAUACUUUACUACCUCAUAAAGGCAGACAAGGAGCAGCAAGGAAAGUUCCAGCCACUCGAUCAAGUUGUGCUAGACUCAGAGUACCCUAACUGCCCAUUGCUGCUGAAGUGUGCAGAUGUUAAACAGCACAUACAUCAUGUAACAGAAGAAAAAGAGAUUGGCAGUCAGAAAUUCCACAAAUACAGCCAAGAGAAGACACUGAAGUGGUUAAAGAAAAAGGUCAAUCAAACAGUGAAAGCACUUAAAAGCAACAAUAUAUAUGUAGGUGAAGGGGUAUAUGCAGCUACGUUUAUCAACAGUAAACAGAUCACAGAUCCUAAAGAAGACUAUGUGCGCUACGCCCAUGGGUUAAUAUCAGAAUAUAUUCCUGAAGAUCUGAGUAAGGUGUUGUUAAAAUACUUAGGGCUCCCAGAACUUAAAAGCCCAACACCAGAGCCACCACUGAAGAAAAGGAAACUGUCAGAUGUCCCUGAGGAAGCCGAUGACUCUACUAAGUGUAACAGCAGCAGUGCGAAAACCAAAAAGGCAAACAGCAAGAUGUCUGCAGCACAGAAGGCUCUGGCCAAAGUCGAUAAGACUGGAAUGAAAUCCAUUUCAGCUUUCUUCAGCUCCAAACCUAAAACGUCAAAAUAAAGACUUCUUCUUGAAAGAGAUUUAUACAGUGGUUAUUUUUAUGUCAAGCUAAAGGGUCUCCUGUUUGGGUUUUUUUUUUAGUAGUAUAGUAUAUGCAGGGCAUGCCUGUGUGCACGGGGGAGUGUGAUGAAGAGGUCU